AUGUAUAAAAUCUGUACAACAUUGAUCGAACUGACAUCAAUGAUUAUAAAACCCAAGUGGGGAUUUUGUUCUCAUCCUCCAGGAUUUUUCUUUUGUUUCGAAGAAUACAACAAGCUUUUGCGAAAACUCAAUUCAAAAGCAAUUAAUCGUCCGAGUCGUUCUUCUAUUCGAAAAGAAAGUCGGAAGGAAACGACGUUGAAAUGUCAACAGAGAAAAAUCUUACGUUGGCUUCCCUGUUGUUCCCUUCUGCUGAACAUUCUUAAUCUCGUCUGGAGAUUUUCCUUGUUCAUGGAGACUAUGCGAUGGAGACUUAGACUGUCUUACCUAGCAAUGAGUGUUUGUGGUUUCAAAUACGCGGUUACUAAGAGCACAGAAUAA